AUGACCGGACUCGACGCCGAAACCGACCAAAUCCUCCAGAUCUGCUGCUUCAUCACCGACGCGCAGCUUCAGCUCGUUGAGCCCGACGGCUUUGAAACGGUCAUCCACCAACCAGACUCGGCUCUGGACUCCAUGUCGCAGUGGUGCAUCGACACCCACGGCCGCACGGGCCUCACCGCUGCCGUGCGCGCCUCGUCCACCACGCCGGACGCUGCGGCCGCCGGCCUCCUUGCCUACAUCCAGCGCCAUGUGCCCACGCCUCGCACGGCGCUGCUGGCGGGCAAUAGCGUCCACGCCGACAAGGCGUUCCUGGCCCGCGGGCCCUACGCACAAGUGCUGGACCACUUACACUAUCGGAUUUUGGACGUGAGUACCAUCAAGGAGGCGGCCAGGCGAUGGGGUAGUCCGGAGUUGUUGCAGUCGGUGCCGCCGAAGCGAGAGGUGCAUUUGGCGAGGGACGAUAUCCUGGAGAGCAUUGCGGAGAUGCGGUUUUACCGGGAGAAGCUAUUUACUUAG